CGAAAGCAUAAAAUCAGAACAAGAAUUUUCCUCUCUUUUUGUCCCCUGCGAUUUUGUUUAGAAGAAGAAACUAAGAGAAAGAGACGACAUGGGAGACCGAAACGUUAGUCUGAUGCUUCCCAUGAGUGUCCAAUGCAAUACCUGCGGAAACUAUAUCUACAAGGGAACCAAAUUCAAUUCGCGUAAAGAAGACGUCAUCGGCGAGACAUAUCUUGGGAUUCAAAUCUUCAGAUUCUACUUCAGGUGCACCCAUUGCUCUGCAGAGCUGACCAUGAAGACUGAUCCAGAAAACUCAGAUUAUAUUGCAGAAUCUGGGGCAACUCGUUGUGAACACUGGCCUUAGUUAUAGCUUUUUGUGUAUUUUUUGGUUAUUUCAUGCAUGAUAUUUAUUUACAUGAUUUACGCUACGUUAUGCAAUAAUGCACAAGUUUAAUUGAGCCCCGACACGAUGGAAUCAUCAACUUUCUCUAUGCGUUAAC